GCAACAACAAGACGAGCAAAUCACUUCUUUUUACAUUUACAUUCUGAUUUAACUAUUAUUUUCAUUUAAACCCUGUUGUAUCAUUAAUAAUCAACAGUACAAUUGCCUUUAAUCAACUUUCUUUAUUCUCUAAGGUUAAAUAGAGGAAACAACUUUACAAUCAACUGAAGUUUCAAUUAAAUAUGAAAAUUUGCAACAUUUUAUCUCUUUUCUUGAUUCUUUGUGGCAACAUCAUUCCAAGAGUUUUAAGUGAAAAUUCAACCAAUAAAUAUGUAAAUUCAACUUUAAUUGAUAGACAAAUUCAUCUUAUAACUUCAGGAUUUUCUAGUGUAUUUUGGAAUUAUAUAGUCAAUUCAAAUAAUUCGUUGGAUAAUGUUUCAAACCAAUGUUCAUCUCAUUUGAAUAAGCUCAUUGAAUCAUCAUUUAAAGGUCAACCCUCGGCAUUCAAAUUUUUGUCGUUAUCUGGAUCUCGACCCAAUAACUUUCUCGAUGGAAACUAUGCCGCUUUUGGUUCUUAUGAUACUUGCCUCAGCUUUUCAGCAUUUUAUGAUAACAAAGAUGAUCAAACAAGUGACCAAACAGUUAAAGGACAAUAUUGUUUAACAUCAUUUGAACCUGAUUUAUCCAUAAAUGGUCAAAUCCUUGGUCAACUAUAUCCUCACUAUUUUGAUUCAAAAUACAAUUUUACAAUUAAAGUUGGUUUUUGUGUUCCUUCAGUUUGUUCACAAAAUGAUGUUCAACAAAUAAUAACUCAAGCUUUUAAUGAUUAUUCAUGGAGAUUAGUUGAUGUCCAUUCCUGCGAUGUUAAAACCAAUUUUCUCGAAAGACUAACGUCAGCAAGUCAAGUGCAACAAAUUUUAUUCUGGCUGUUGGUUGGCCUAGUCUGCAUUGUCGUUCUGGGAACUUUCAUAGAUUCAAAAAGUCAAUCACAAGAAAAAUCAUCUCUUUUCUGGAUCCAACAAUUUUCAGCGAUCAAAAGUGUCAAAAGUCUUUUCCAUAAAACGGACCCAGAAUCACGAAUACCAGUUCUGGAUGGCAUACGAUUGUGGGUAUUAAGUUCUGUUUUGACUAUCCAUGCUGUCAUGUGGCACACUAUUAUAAAUGCAUCUUUUCUUAUGGAGGACUAUGAGUACUUAAAGGAAUUGCCUUCAAAAAUUUAUUCGCAACCCUUCAUUGAUGACUGGAUAGUAGAGGGUCUGUUUUGUCUUGGUGGUGUGAAUGCAGCGACGACUUUGUUUAGGAAAAUGAAACCCGAAACACCAGUUAGUGAAUAUUUGAAAUCCAUAUUCCGUCGAGCUGCUCUAGUGGUUCCUAUUUUGCUACCAGCAAUAGCGAUAGAAGUCAUUUUACCACUUUUUGGAUCUGGACCAAUUUAUCAAUCAAUUAACCAAUACAGAGCAAAUAUUUGCGUGAAUAAUUUUUGGAGGACCAUAUUGCAUAUCCAGAAUAACUCUCAUCCAUUGAAAAUUUGUGCAUCUUCGACUUGGUCACUUGCAGUUGAAUGGCAACUCUUUGCAUUGGCUUGUAUUUUGGUUUACAUUUAUAAACGCAACUAUCGUUUAGGAUUAACACUCAAUAUCUUAACAAUUAUAUUUGGAUUAUACCGAGUUAUUAUGAUUUUCUUGAAUAAUAAUCUCAUUCUUAAUAUAUUUGUGAUUACAAAAGGUUUCAGGGAUACCAUGCACCGGGCUGAGCAUUAUUACAUUUCAACUGAAGCUCGUAUUUGUCAUUAUUUCAGCGGCAUUUUAAUGGCUGUCAUCUUGGUCGGAAAUUACGAAGCAAAGAUCAAACAGAUGUUCCCUCGUGAAAAAAUAUGGGUUUAUCCAUUAUUGUUAUUCACAAUAUUUAGUUCAUCCCUUUGGAAUUGUUUUGGCAUGAAAAUUGGAACCAUCACUACAGUGAUUUAUAUUUGUUUAAGUAAAUUAACUGUCGCUUUGUGGUGCUUUUCAUUCUUGCUGCAUCAUGGAAGAAGAUUUAGAUUAUUUCUGGCGAAAUCAAAAUCGGGUGAUGUGUACAUUCACCCGGUAGAGCGUGAUCCAGAAUUUUUAACUCCUAAUAAGGAUACCAUUGCCAUAUUAAAUAAUAAUUCAGAAUUGUUGGACAAAACGGAGAUUAAUAUUAAUCGAAACCAUAGUUCCAAGAUAGGAAAAGUUGAUCCAUUAGAGUUUAUUGUAAGAGUAACAAGACCUGCUUUCUUUGUACACUCCGUUGUUUAUGCCUGGUACUUCACAAGUUUACGAUCGUCUAUUCCGUCUAAUUUAUUUGGUUAUAUAAUCCAAAUAGUUUCUUUGAUAACUUUGACGAUAUUUUUUGGUUUCUUCUUCCAUAUUCUGGUAAUUGGUCCGGUUGAAAGAAUCAACUACAUUUCAUCAAAGAGAAAAAUCAAAGCCAAAACCCAUUCUUCGUAAGCGUUUAUCGUCGAUCUAUUCUUUCGGUAUACUCAUUAAAUGGUUUUAAAUGAA